CAGACGUAAUCCAUGUUGACGACUGUUAAUUGAUCAUUGAUUACAAAUCUGUUUGUAAUUUUUUUAACGGUUAUUUGAUCUUAUUUGAUUUUGUUUUUGAUGUUUACGUUUGAAAUUUAAAAAAAAAAAAAAAUGGACAGCAACUCUUCAACUGAUGCUGGCUUUUCAAAAGCACUUGUAACAUUGAAGUUUUUCCAAGGGAAAUAUUCCGAAGUGUUCAGAUUACUAGAAGAAGGUAAGUUCCCAGACAAGAGUGGACUCCUGGAGAUCUGGGACCAGGCUCACUACAAGGAAUACGAGCAUAAACUGGGACGGCAGCUCACAGCUCUGCUGAGAUUUAGAAUUCGCAAAAGAUUUCCUCCUCCGCCACACAUUUGUCCAAACGGAGAGCGCCCCACAGCGAGGCUGGGCGAGGCGGCAUCCCGUCUGCUCAAGUCGUGGUUCAUUGAACACCAGCAGCAUCCAUAUCCCUCGAAGCGGGAGAAGGAAAGUCUUGCAACGGUUUCGGGUCUGUCAUUGAGUCAGGUGAAAACGUGGUUCGCCAACACUAGAAGACGAACACGGCUGAAGAAUACCGUAACACCUAGCCAAACUGGGAAUCCCAAAAGAUUGGAGACUGAUGGAGAAAUGCAGGAAAGUGGAAAACAACCACUGCUACACCCUGUACUAUUACAACCGGAGUACACUGACGUCUCUGAUGAUGACGGGGCUCAAGCUGUCGGUCCACCCAAUAUGCUGGUACCAAAGUUGGAACCCGUACCACUAGACAUGCGCCGUCCUCAGUUGUCCCCGGAGUUUGGCAGAAUGAUGAGUCUGGAAGUGAGUAACAACACGAUGAAAGGCUGGCACAAACCACAGCAGCAUUUACAGAGCUUCACAGGGCCCGAACCGCUACAUUACAGUCAGUGCAUCUCAAGCAUCGCGACAUACGUGAACCACACUGCCGGCGCCAUACCAAACGCCGCAAACUGUCCAGAUGUUGCAAAUCUUGGUCUGCCUUUCUCCAUCUCCCAUGGUGCAGUGGAACAGAGUACGAGUCCGGCUUUCAUUUGGUCCAAUCACAUGGACCCCAAAUAUUGGCCGACCAUGUCUCCAGCACCCCACUGUUCAUCUUCCUACAGAUGGCCUCGUAUGUCGCUACCAGAAAGACCACCGGUUAUAUCUUCACCUGCAAGGGAUGGUGGACUAUCACGUCUUCCUUCCCUGUCACCUCAGAUCUUCGGCUGGUCGCAGUAUACCAGGCCAGACAUCGAUCCGGCUUCGCGUGGCUACUGCUUAAACAGUCGACCCGCCGUCACUCAGAGACCCCCGCCAUUGUCGUGUACCACAGAUGGGAAUCCAGCACCAUACGACACCAAACAUCAACCCUGGUUACCCAGCUUCAUCUUGCCGCCAUCAUCUGCGACGGCAGCAGUGUCCUGUGGUUUGACAUCGUCUUGUGGGACUGUGUCUACUCAUGCGUUUCGACAGUCGUGCAUGAACGAGUCGCCGGUUGAAAUGAUGACGCAGGCUUCCUCGGACAGUUUGUCGCAUGUGGUUUCUCCAUCAUCUUCCUGUCCAAUAAUGGGCAGAGACUUGACAGCGUCUCAAAGUCUUCGGCUUGGAUAUCAGGAAUUGGUAAACAGAAACAGAAGAUUGGCCAUGGAAGAGAGAGUCAUCCCUAGCUCGGCUGUAAGUGGUUACAAGGUGGACAAUAUCAUUCACUGGAGUCCUCCUGUCAUCACGGACCAGUCCAAGAACAGUCCUCUUCCCCCAGCAGCCCACUGCUGGCUCCAACCACCAGAAUGCACAGUCCAGAAAGGCAGUUGUCUACAACGAUCUGAUUACACGGAAAAAAUACCACAUGUCAAAUCCGAACAAUACUCUGAAGGCAUGCAGGAAAUUGCACAGGUUUUGCUUAACCUUUCAAGUAACAAGACUUCGAAGUCUGUAUCCAUGACGAACGUUGCACCUGGAAACACUCCACCCGACAAUCUACACACAGACUAAGCCCUGAACUUUGUUAAUGAACAGGAAUAUUAUAGUUCGUCUCACGGGGAACGCCUUUUUCGAAAAUAUGGAAUAUACUAUAAGUUAUUUAUUUCUGAGCCGAUUGAUUUGUAAAUUUCACACAAGAAUAGUAUUUUUUUGUCAUUUCCAAAACAAUUUCACUUUUCUUCUUACUUUAAACCAAACAGAAAUCAUUUACAAAACAAACAUUUUUUAUGGAAGGAUGGGACGGACCAUAGUCAAUUAGGUGGAGAUUAAUAAGAAGAAACUUCUUUAAAAUGCCCAUAAGAACCAGCUGGUGUUGGGAGGAGCUAUUUCAGGACAAAAAUGUAUGAUUGCUUUUGUCCUACUCUUAUAUUCAUUAAUUUGAAUUAAUUUUCUUGCUUAUAUCCAGUUAAGGUUCAAACACGCUGUCCUGGGCACACACCUCAGCUAUCUGGGCUGUCUAACCAGGACAGAGGGUUAGUUGUUAGUGGUUUGUGAGAAAGAAGAG